AUGGACAAGAAGAGUAAGAUAUUCCAUACACGGGCAAUACGUACGCAGAACACAAACUACACAAAUGGACAACUAUCGAUACCUGAUUUUUUGAAAUCAAGGGCUUUCGAAAUCGAGUCCUUCGAACAGUCUCAAUUACGUACUAAAACAGCAUCGAGUACACGAGUAUUUCAAUCUUUACCUAGAUCAAUGAGAAGGCGUACUGCCUCUCAUAAUGUAAAAAGAAUUCCAAAGAGGUUGAGGAAUAGGGCUCUUCGUGAAAUGAGUGACACUAAUGUUACUAAGAAGAAAAAGAUAAAUGGAAGAGAUCGAUAUAAGUUGAAAAUGAGAAAGAAGCUAAUGAAACUUGCAAUAAGAAUUCGAUUACAAAAACACAUCCCCGAAUUAACCAAUGAAACGAUCAAGACAAAAUUAAAGGCAUUGAACCUUCAAUUGAAGGAAAUCGACCAUAAAAAGUCCAAGCCACAAUUAAACAAUCUUAUGGGAUCAUAUGAUAUUUCAAGUGUAAAUGAAUUUAGUUCUCGUCCCAUGGGUAAGAAAUACCACAAACGUCAACAGAUGUUUGUAUGGUUAAAUACACAUGUUUGGCAUGCAAAGAGGUUCCAUAUGAUUAAAAGAUAUGGAUAUCAAUAUCCUUUGUCACCGACCAUGAAAUGCUAUAGACCGAUGAAUAGGUGCAUGAGGAACCAUUGCGUGGCUAUAGAUACCUCAUGGUACGAUUGUUUAACAUUCGAUUUCAAUGAGUCAGUCGUGAAACUGAUCAUGAAAGUUACCAAUGGAGUUUUAAAAGGAGAAAAGUCAAACUUUGGGUUGAUCUACAAAGAUACCCAAGACCCAACAUCCGUUAUUGGUGAGGGGUUGAUGUUUUGUAGUAACGGCAAGGUCCUCGUAAGAGUACAUCCUCUGAUAUACGGAAUCUUGUUCAAUCAUCUAAAAAAUUUGGUUGAAGUUGAGGACUGUAGAUAUGCACUAGGCAGCAUUGAGCUAAUUGGACCACAGUCGCUCUACAAUUUGAAUAGAAUUCUCCGUUCCGAUUCUCCCGAAUUGCAAAAUUUCGUUUAUAAUGAUUCUUUAAGGGAUGGAACCACUUUACUGUUUACAAUCAAAGAUCCAAGACUUUCGAAGUUGAUCAAACCAAGGUCCAAUAUCGAUUACAAUGAUUUGGUCAUAUCUAUGUCGAAACCACAACACAGCCAAUUAGCAUUGGAUGGGUUGCUUACCUCGUCAGGGAGGACUGAGUCCUACAAGGACCAAUUAACUACAAAGUUGAUCAAUAGGGUCGCAGAAAAUCCAAUUAGUCCAGCGGAUAUACCUGUUCUACUCACUAAAGCGCAAGGGAAAUGGAUUUUGAUGUGCCCAUGGUUUUGGGUCUUACCUAUCUUCCACUCGUUGAAGAAAAUUCCCACCUUGAAAUUUGGAGGUGAAAGCCAAUUAGAACAAUACUGUUUUGAGCGUAAUAUACCUAGAUAUCCAAGAGACUUUCCUUUCCUAUCCUCAGGAUGGGAAGAAAAUCAAUUGGAAAUCAAAUUAGGUUUGCUCAAAUACGACAAAUUACCUAAAUCCAAACAGCACCACUUUGAUCAUGAGCAUGGUUUAAUUCCAUUCGGUCCUGAUUGGGAGUUCUUGUAUUACUCAAGGAAAUACAAAAAUGAUGAUUUAAGCAGCGAAAAGACUAUGGGCGAAUUUAAUGGAGUUCAGAGAGUUAUAAAAAAUGAAUUGGAACUAAUUGAGUAUAUUAACGAGUCAAGAACGAACGAAUUGUGUGUCUCAAUUCACCCCGAACCGAAGAAGCUCCAUAUAAAACCCAUCACCUUGGCGGUUAACGGUAAAUGUAAACCAGGAGCCAGAAUUUAUCAGGGAAGUGUCAAUUUGUUCAACCUUGUUGGUUUCGUCACCUCAGGUGGUAACAAUUUACUAGAAGGUUCUGGAACUGGUAUCGGGUUUAUCUGUCAAGAUGAAGGUGUUGAUCAUGCCAACCUAAUUAUCAGAAAUAUGGGAUCUAGUAAUACUUUUCCAGUACAACGGGUGGUUGCAAAGGCUUAA